AUGGAUAGAGUGGGCAUCCCUGACGAACACCGCUUUGUGUACGGAAGCUUUUGGAAAGCUCUCCGUAUACUCUUACACGUCCGAAAUUCUGAGAAUACACUGCAGACACUCGUUUGGCUCAAGAUCGCUAACAAGCGUUCACCGUUGAGUCUCAUAGAUGCCCCAUACCCGCACGUCAAACUGUUCUCCACGAUAGCAGCUAGAUUCGUUCCCUUUACCACUGUCUUCGAUGUGGCUGUGCUCAAACAGAUAGAAAUUAAAUCAUUGUUUUGUACGGCUAAUUCAGCACCCUUCCGAUUUACUGUUAAUUUCCUAUUGAUCCAUGGUCUACCUAUCUAUACUGUCUGCCCAAGUCCAAUUCAAUAUAUUGUUCGCUGCCCAAUUGCAACUACUGAAGAAACGCAGGUGAAGUUCGUAGAAAUCGGUUUCGCCGCAAUUAUUACUGACCGUCCGUCGAUCACGGCCUUAGCACAGGAUCGUGCAGCUUCCACGCGUAUCGAUUUGUUAACCGUACUAGGUUUUGCACGCCCUCAUUACAUUAGAUCAUUUUUAGGCGAAAGGCACUGUUUUUCAUAUGUACCAGUUUCCACAGGGACCAGGGUCAUCAUCAUCAUCAUCGACAGCAUGACAUCAGUGUUCAACACCGAUGCUUCACUGCCGUACAACCAUGAUUUAUUUAAAAGCCUUAUUGUGAAGAAAAGAGUAAAGGUGGACGGGGAAGGGACUUAUGACUAG